AUUCAUAACGAAUGGACGCGUGUAUAGAAUAAAAAAAAUAUAAUAAAAUAUUCGUAUUUACGUUAGAAGUGUAGCUUUAUAAAAUUUGAAAAUUAGAACAAUGGAGAGAGUAUUAAAAGAAAGAGCAAACAAAAUAACCGAGGAGGAAUUCAAAAAGAAUUUAAAUGAGUUAGAGAAUGUGGAAACUCAAGAAGAGAUGGAGAAGAAGUUGGAUAAUUUAAUGAAGGGCGGUUUCUUUUUAACUAAUUGGAUGAAAAGUUUAUUCAACAAAAGUAGUAAUGAAGAAUUUAAAGCUGUUUGGUUAUCUAUAGAUGAAUACAAGCAACAAGCAGAGGAGAGUCUGCAAACAGCGUGGAGAAUUCUCAACCUGCCGACAUGGAGGCUGGAGAAAAGAGGGUCACACCGAGGAGAUGUGGUCGAAUCCGUGAACGUGGACCAACUGGGCAAAGUCUACAGGUUCACUGGCAUAGUGGACUGUCCAGCGAAGUUUCUGUACGAAGAGUUCAAGAACAAUAUGGCUAAGUUACCAGAUUGGAACCCCACUAUAUUGAAGAAUGAAUUUAUUAAGGAGGUGGGUCCUGGAGUAGACCUGUCGUACCAGGUGACAGCGGGCGGGGGGCGCGGUAUCAUCUCGCCGCGGGACUUCGUGAUCCUGCGCCGCACCGCGCAGAUGUCCCGCGAAGGGCUGGUUACUGACGCGGAGCCCUACUGCUAUAUGACCAGUGGUGUGAGUGUACAAGUACCUGGAUAUCCCCCGCAGAAGGAUCUAGUCAGAGGUCAUAAUAAAGUGGGUUGCUGGGUGAUGAAGCCGAAGUCCUCGCAGACCGCUGGCGGGAAGAUCGAGGAGUGCACCAUAUUCCACUGGCUGAUGUGCUGCGACCUUAAAGGUAAAAUCCCGCAGUUCGUGUUGGACGCGGCCUUCGCUACGGUGAUGUUGGACUACAUCGUGCACGUGCGGAAGUUCGCCGCAGACUCGAAGGCGAAAGGCCUCUUCUAGCUCACUUCACGUAAUUCUACUGUACGGUGCUUACAUAGGAUUAUUCCCAACCGUCACCCCGCUCUGUCCCCACGUGAGAAUGAAAAGUCAUCCCUCCCAUUUUUAGUCCCACUAUCACCAGUAAAACAGAUUGAACCGUUAUGAAAUAAAAUAAGUUCCAACCGUCCCCUCGUUGCAAUAGGUGAGACGGGUGAAACUUUAUUCUCACGUGGGGACAACGGUGUGACGGUUGGGAAUAAUCCCUUAGAUAGUGCUAGGACAAACCCCGCGUACAAGCUAAAUAUUACGUUAUAUUGGAAUUUUUUAAUGGUACAGUCAGCUGUUUAAUUACAUUUUAAAAAGGAUAGAAAGCAGGUGCGGUUAAUUAAAUAGAAAUAUUAAUCAAUACUAUUAUA